AUGUUACAGCCCGAUUCCUGUGCCUGUGGGAUGGAUAAUUUACAAUUGUUCCAAGUCCCUCCCACUAAUAUUGCUUUAGAAGACUCCAAAUGGGAAGAAUAUUACCCUAUUUCUAGUACUUUAGAUUCAGAGACAGCUCCGAUUGAAUUUGAAAUUAAAGGACAAGGAGAUCAAUAUCUAGAUUUAUCUCAAACUUAUCUUCAAAUGGUAUGUCAAUUUGUCCAAAAUGAUGGAAGUGAUCUGGCUGGAGAUCCUGCUAAAACAGCCCCAGUGAAUAAUAUCUUACAUUCCUUAUUUACGGAAAUUGAUGUCAAUCUCAAUGGAAAAAUAAUCACUCCAGGGACCGAUACUUAUCCUUACAAAGCUUAUCUGGAGAAAUUACUGUCUUACAAACCCAGAACUUUAGCCACACAAAUGAAAGCUUGUAGUCUAUGGGAAAAAGAUACGGCAGGACACAUGGACGAAAGGGGGCUAGCAGAUCUGGGGGUGGCUGCUAAUCAGACCUUUGCUGCAGUUUCUAAUAUUGUGACCAUUAACAAACCCAUCAUUCCAGCAUACCCAGCCAAUUCUAAAAACGAAGGAUACAGAAAACGUCAUCAAGCCAUAGAUGCUAGUAAGAAAAUUACUUUGUUGGAUCGUUUACAUCUGGAUUUGUUUCAACAAGAUAGAUUUCUACUCAAUGGAGUCGACGUCCGUUUGAGAUUUAAUCGAGCUAGACCUGAUUUCUACAUGAUGACGGCUCAAGCCAAUACGGGAAAAGUCGAAAUAUUAAGUAUGGUCUUGUGGGUGAGAAAAGUGAAACCUUCCCCUACUUUAAUGAAUCAGAUCAAUGAAAGUUUGAAUACUCACAGAGCCAAAUAUCCAUUAAGAAGAGUUGAAGUCAAAAGUUUUACCAUACCUACAGGAACUCAAUCUAAGAUUACCGAUCAUCUGUUUCAGAUCCCUGUUCGCAUCUUGUGUAUCUCCUGA